AUGUCACAAGCCACCACCAAUACUAAUCCCACUCCUGAUAAUAUUUCUCAAAGAGAAAGACGUAGAAUAUUAUUAAAAGAAAUUGAUAAUGCAAAAUUUGGAUGGUUUCAUAUUAGAGCUUGCAUAGUUUCAGGAAUAGGAUUUUUCACUGAUGCUUAUGAUUUAUUCGCUAUAAACAUAGUCUCUACAAUGUUGGCAUAUGUUUAUUUUGGAACAAUUACUUUGCCUGGUAAUUUAGAUACAGGGUUAAAAAUUAGUGCCGCUGUUGGUACUUUAGUUGGUCAAUUGUUAUUUGGUUGGUUGGCUGAUGUCCUUGGUCGUAAAAAGUCAGGAUGA